GUUUUAAAGUUUCCGCUAGAGGCGCCAUCGUUUCUGCAGCAAAUCGUUGGUUAGAUUUGACCUUUCACGCAGAAAAUUUCACGAACAAAGUUCGAGGAUUUUGAUAAUUGUGUAAUUAUCGUGUAAUUGUUAAAAAUGACAACGAACAUGGAGGAUCUACAAAAGUUAGAAGAAGAAGCGAUAGCCCGGGGCACGAAGUAUGUUACGAACCUUCUGCAACGGCCAGGUCAGCUGGAGAAGAUUGACAUGUAUAAACGUAGAAUAAGCAGGAAAAAAGCAUCCGUCGAGACCAUGCUUAAGACCGCAAUGAAAAGUCAAUUAGAUGGAGUCCGAGUAGGCUUCGAGCAACUAGAGAGUUCUCUUGAAAGCAUCGCCACUAUCAAGGACGAUCUAGAUCACAUUAAUCGAUUGUUCAGUUCUGUUCUGAAGCUGAGUUCCAGAUUGCAAGCGGUGCAGGAGGAGAAUAUGCGUCAUUCUCAGUACGUUAUCGCCAAGGAGAACUUGAAGCAUAUAUUUACAGUUCCUGAAAGCGUCGAGAAGACAAAGCAAUGGAUAAAUGAAGGUAAAUUACUAUAUGCUCAUCAGAGUCUUAUGGAUCUUGAAAACUCUAGAGAUGACUUAUUGUAUGAGCUUCAUAAACUACCUAACCAGUCACCAGCAGAUACAGUUAUGUUGAAAGCUUAUUUUGAAGAUGUGGAAAUGCUUUCUCAACUUAUGGAAAAACAGAUAAGGUUGGUAUUGAGUCGUACUCUGAACACAGUCCGGAAAGAGCCUACAGUUAUCGUGACACCUCUGAGAAUUAUUGAAAGGGAAGAAAAAGCUGAUCAGUUUGCUAUUCAGAGACACAAGCAGAGUGGAUUUAUGCCACCUGGCAGACCUAAGAGAUGGAAGGAUAUGGCUAUGAAGGUACUGGAAAAAUCGGUAGCUAACAGGAUUGAAGGCACUCACGUAGAAGAAAGAGCAGAUAACAAGAUGUGGUUAGUAAGAUACUUGGAACUUACAAGACUCUUGAUUCUCGAAGAUUUGAGAGUAGUGAAGACUUUAUGCAGGCCUUGCUUUCCACCCUGGUAUGACAUAGUAAGGACUUUUGUUAAAAUGUAUCAUAAUAGUCUAUCCCAGCAUUUAAAAGACAUAAUUGCUGGUGGUCUAGAAGGAAAUGAGUAUGUUUCUUUAUUGGCAUGGAUUAUGAACACUUACACAGGACCAGAGUUGAUGCAACAUUCUGAAUUGAAUAUCAGUACAUCUGACAUCGGCCCACUUCUCAGUCCAGAGAUGAUAAAGGAUCUUCAGGAGAAAUACUUGCGGAAUAUGUGUCAGAAUUACGAGGACUGGAUGAGGAAGACACUAGAGACGGAGAAGUGCGACUGGAGGAGCGGCAUCUUGCCUGAGAGCAGUACUCAAGAACUGUAUUAUCAUACCGCGGCGCCGGUCAUUAUAUUCCAGAUGAUUGAUCAAAAUCUGCAAGUUGCAAAGACCAUUAGUCCUGACUUGACAACGGAAGCGUUGGUACUCUGUAUCGAGCAAGUAACCAAGUACGGGUGUAUGUAUAGACAAGCGAUAUUGGAGUUCAAAAACAAACAUUUUGAGGACAGGAGUCAGGUGCCUUAUUUCACUCAUCAUAUGAUCACAAUAGUAAACAACUGCGUGCAGUUUACCGAACUGGCGCAGCAGAUGAAGCAACUCUACUGGGUGCCUAAUACCAGCGGUGAUGCCACCGUGAAAUUCGAAAAUCUCUUAGCGAAUUACCAGCAAUUGAGGAACGAGGCUGCCACUAUCCUGUUACAGGAGUCCUUUUUGGAUUUGGAAUUGCACUUCCAGGAUCUGAUUACGCCUAAAUGGCUGUCGUCGCCUAUCCCGGUGGAGACGAUUUGCGUUACCCUAGAGGAUUACUUUCAGGAUUACAAUCACCUGAGCCCCAAGAACUUCGAGUACGUGAUCACUGAAGCGCAGAAUCUAAUCGCGAAGCGUUAUAUAUCCGCAAUGCUGCAGAGGAAGAUAUCGUUGAAGACCUACGACGAAUGCUUGACGUGCACGUCGAAGAUAAUGACGGAGGCGGACAAGCUGAAGAACUUCUUCGACAGGAUCGCGCCGAAAGUAGGGAACUUCAAUUCACCAUUCGAAAUAAUAAAACGGCUUGCCGAAGUGCUGCGCUGCGAGGACUCAGAAAUACUUUCUCUCGACUUGCACUCGUUGAUUGAGAAGUAUCCCGACAUGACUGAGGAUCAUCUGAUCAGACUACUCGGUCUAAGGGGCGACAUAUCGCGAGCGGAAGCCCGGGAAAAAGUUUCUUACAUCAUAGAAGCUCAACGAAACCGAAAACCUGGGCAGUCAAUCACAAAUAGUAUAUUCAAGCAGAUAGUUAUUCAAGACAGCUUCCUUGGUUGGAAGCCUUGAGAUUGGAGGAAGAAUUUCUAUGAAGUAAAAAUAAGAAGUGCAAAUGGAUUCUCUAUGUAAUGGUAUUAUCGUUUCUCAAGUAAAUUAAUAUAUUUUUUACAUAUAACAGAGUAUAGGGGCAGUAAAACAAUGCAUUUUUACUGCCAUGAGAAAAUCUCUUAAUAUCUAACGUUAUGUAUAUCUAUAUAAUAUUGAUCUCACGAUUUAUAGAAACGUGGAAGUUUAUUUAUGCUCAACACGCGCACGUGCGCGUAUAGUGUAGGAGACCUCACGGGAUCGUAAAUUAUAUGUAUAUAGAUGUGGUAAUGUUUCAGCCACGCAUGUAUGGAAAUAAUAGUAAAAUGAUAAU